GUCCUAUUUAGCUAGAACUGAGUAUACAAACGAAUACAAAUGCAUGAUUAAAACCAAGAAGUAUCCAUUUUUCUGUUUGCUUAGCAGCUUCAGUCGCUGUUUUGGUUGGUUUUCAAGGGUUAUUAGAUACAGUUUAUUCUUCAAUAAAUACAUUUUGUUGUGUUUUUUUAAAGUUUUAGCGUGAAUCUAUUCCAAUUAGGCUAGCUGAACGGGGUAAUGUUAUACAGGUGAUUACGUUGACCAGCAUUGUCCAGCCGUAUGUAUAAUUUUCAGUUAGAAACAUGGAUGGUUACCCGGGAGUCAUUGAUGGUGAUUCUACUAAACAACAAGAAAGACAUUACUAUCUGUUAUCUGAACUACAAACUUUAGUGAAAGGCUUACCGAGCUCCUUCCAGCAGCGCCUGUCCUACAACACGCUGAGUGACUUAGCUUUAGCACUCAUAGAUGGGACAGUAUAUGAGAUCGUACAGGGCCUCUUGGAUAUUCAGCAUCUGACAGAGAAGAAUCUGUAUAACCAAAGGCAGAAGCUGCACUGUGAACACCAAGCACUGAAACAAGAUCUGGCACGAAAGCACAAAGAUGCUUUGCAGUCAUGUAAGUCCCACAACCUUGCACUUCUCAAGUCAAACCAACAAGCAGAAUUAGAGGCAUUGGAAAUCCGAGUGCGAGAUGAACAAAAAAUGAUGGAUAAGAAGAUUGUAGCGGAAAUGGAUCAAAAAGUGAUAGACCAACAGAACACCCUGGAGAAGGCAGGAGUGCCUGGGUUUUAUAUCACCACUAAUCCUCAGGAGCUGACAAUGCAGAUGAACCUCCUUGAACUGAUUCUUAAGCUUCAGCAGAAAGAGUCACAAUCUGGAUUACUAUAAGAAAGAUGAGAGGCAAAUCCAGUUGUGCCACAACAAAUACAACAUAGCCAAUUACAGUAUGAACUGAUGUCACUAGUUGUAAGAUUCAGCUGACGUCCGUCAGCAUGCAGCACUGCUUGCUUUAAGAAGUCAAGAAGGUGCUGAACUGUUCUUUGAAGAAUAACAUCAGUACCAUAAACCUUUUGGGAAAGGUUCCCUUUCAAAUGGAACAUUACAAGUCCUGGAGAAGACUUGCACAAUCAGAAGUGCAGCAAAACACAGUGACAGCUUAAAAGCAAGCUUGUACUCUUGGAAAUGAUGUUACAAAUCUUUCAGCUGUAUAAAUGUUUAAAGACUCAAUGAGAUGAGCAAAGAUCCUUCUAAAUCACAUGAGUAUUUCUUAGUUUCUUAGAAGGGCAGAAUUUAAUUAUAAUUCAAAUUUUGAGCAGCCCUAGCCCGCUUUUGAUUUCCUGCACACAAGGGUAGGUCUGAUGUGUAGCUAUUUAUGGCUUUGUUAUCAUCUGUUAGUAGUAUGUGUUGUGUGUUUUCAGUUUGUAAUAAAGUUCUGUUUCUAAA